AUGGAACGGGCUCAGGAAAAAGGUAGAAAAAGGAGGCAAGCAGCGGCUACGUGUCAACGGCUGGACAGUUUUCUAGUUCCGAAAAGGGCACGUGAUCAACUUGUGACUCCUGAUCCAGAUUUUACACAGCUGGUUGCAGUAGACGAUCAACUAACACCGACUUCCAGUGAGUGCUGUAGUGGUAGUGUAGAAAGAGUAGGGUCGUCCUCUACCGCCACGCAUGUCGAGUCUUUGCGCAACACAUGCUGUGAAGUUUACGACAACGAGGCUCAGCGUGCAGCCGUCGCAGGCGGCAAUCAGCAAUGCCAUCAUGCUAAUACUUCUGAUCAUGAUUUAGUGGAUGAUAUUGACAAAUUGUUUUUCAAAGCCAAGUCUCCUGUCGAUUUCUGCAAAUCCAUGAAGGCUCUGGGUGCUGCGGAGAAGUAUAACCUACUGACAAAUCACAAAAAGCCUCGUGCCGACCAAGUUUUUCCUCCGACAUGUAUUGGUGGCCGCAACCGAGCUUUUCGUCCAGUUUGGCUAUCAGGACACCUGUGGAUGGUUUACAGCGAGCGAGUGGAUGGUGUCUUUUGCAUUGCUUGUGGAAUUUUCGUUGCUAAAGUGUCCAUGGGGAAGUUUGUAUGCAAGCCUUUUCGUGAUUGGAACAAGAAAGGAAAAAAAGCAAAGGAGCACGAGCAGUGCUUAUACCAUCAUCAAGCCAUUGAGCAAGCUGAUAACUUCAAGCGAACCUUGGAGAAUCCAGAUACUACCAUUACUGCACAGUCAGACACCCGCAAGGCGGCCAAUGUCGCGCGUAAUCGUGCUGUCCUGAAGUCCAUUGCUUCUGCUGUGUUGUACUGCGCCAGACAGUGCAUUGCUUUACGUGGAGACGCAGAGAGUGUGGAAUCACCCGGAAAUCCAGGUAAUUUUCUGUCUUUGCUGAGGCUUCUGGCAGUGCACGAUGGAGAGUUAAGAAGGCACCUGGAAAUUCCUGCAAUGCGAUGUGCAACUUAUCUUUCUCCUCAAACACAAAAUGAGCUGAUUAAAGUCAUGGGAAACCACAUCCUCUUACAGGGAAUAAUAGGUGAUUUGACAACUGCGCCCUUUUACGCCAUUCUUGCUGAAGAGGUAACUUCGCAUAACGUUGAGCAUCUUGCCAUCUGCGCCAGGUUUGUUGACAGAAGUACUAAAGAGGUCAGAGAAGAGUUUUUAACGUUUUUGAAUUUGGUCAGAAUUACUGGGGAGCGGAUUGCAGAUGGUAUCUUUGGCUUUCUGGAAGAGAAUAACAUACCACUUGCUACUAUGUGUGGUCAGGGCUACGACGGCGCCAGCAACAUGUCUUCAGAUCGAGUGGGUGUCCAGGCCAGGAUUAGACAUAAAGCUCCUUUAGCCACCUACGUACACUGCAGUAGCCACUGCCUUAACCUUGUGAUAAGCAAGUCAUGUGCUCUUCCUGAAGUACGUAAUGUGAUCGAUUGCGUUACAAAAUGCAGCCGUUUCUUCCUCAAUAGUCCAAAGAGAAGUGGUGUUCUAGAAAUGAUCAUCAACCACAAUGUGUUCAAUGAAGAGAGGAGGAAGCCACUGAUCGAUCUGUGCAAGACGCGAUGGGCUGAGCGGCAUUCGGCUUAUCAGCACUUCUACCAAGGGUACAUAUUUGUGGUUGAAGUUCUAGAGAUGAUAGCUUUCCGCUAUCACUUGGAGAAAUAUGGGGCUACGAAUGCUGACUGGAACUAUGCAGGCCGCAAUGAAGCACAACAGAUUCUGGCCAGUGUUACUUCCUUUCAGUUUGUUGUUGUGUUUGUGCCGAUGUAUCAGUACUUAUCACAUCUUUCGGGCAUCACCGUAAAGUUGCAGAGCAAAGCUGUUGAUAUCGUGAAAGCGCAUAACACGAUAUCUGAAUUGUGA